ACAAACCCAACACAUGUUAAAGCCCAUGUGGAAGCCCUAAUUUCUUCCCCUUAAAAAUCUGCAGAGUUAGGGUUAAAUUUUCCCCAUUUCAGUAGAAGCAAAAAAUUGGAGCAGAAGAAGAUGGAGGCGGCGGCAGCAACAGCGGAAUCUGUUCAAUGCUUCGGGAGGAAGAAGACAGCUGUAGCAGUAACCCACUGCAAACGCGGUAAAGGUUUGAUCAAGAUCAACGGUGUACCUAUCGAGCUAGUUCAGCCAGAGAUUCUGAGGUACAAGGCUUAUGAACCUAUUUUGCUUUUAGGACGACAUCGUUUUGCUGGUGUAGACAUGAGGAUCCGUGUGAAAGGUGGAGGUCACACGUCACAAAUCUAUGCAAUUCGUCAGUCAAUAGCGAAAGCACUUGUUGCAUUUUACCAGAAGUAUGUUGAUGAGCAGUCGAAGAAGGAGAUUAAGGAUAUACUUGUGCGAUAUGAUAGGACUUUGCUUGUUGCUGAUCCUAGACGAUGUGAGCCUAAGAAGUUUGGUGGUCGUGGUGCCCGUUCUAGGUUCCAGAAAUCUUACCGUUAAUUUCUUUUUAUUUCUGUCUCGUUAUGGUUUUUGAACUUGUGCGCUGAGAAUUUUGAAGUGAUAUUUCUAAUGUUUUGGAUUUUAAACUUUUAUUAUAUGACUGCAAUGUGAUCAAUCGAUUCUAUUUUUGGUUUGA